AUGUUACUACAUUACCGAGAAAGAUAUACUAAAUCUUUGCACUCUAACCUUGAGAAAAUUGGAUCAUCAAUGCGUGUAGAUGCUGGAGAGGUAGAAAGGUUUUGGCAAGGAGAAGGUAAACCUCCUACAAAGUCACAAUUGCAAUGCGAAAAAGAAAAAAUUAUAAGGAAAGGCAAAUUAUUAUAUAAAAAAAAUCAAUUUGAUUUGAGCGAUGAUAUCCAGGAUGCUGUUGUGGAACUAGAAGAUAAGAUUGAUAUUAUUCGCAAAGAAAGCUUAGUAUUAGAGGUUGAUAAAUUUGAGAGCCAAAAGAUAAAAACCCCAGAAAUGAUUGAUGAUUAUUUUAUCAAACAACGUAGAAAACUACUUUGCAUUACUCGCAAAAGUAAAAAAUUUGCUUGUUCUUGCAGUUACAAUAUUAUUCAUAGUCAUGAUUGCCAGAAUAUUGUAGCCGUGCGUUUCUUUAUUAAUAAGCUUGAAACACGAAAAUCUGUACCUAAAUCAACUUCAAAUAGUUCUCUUGAGUCUUAUCUUCGUCAGAAGGAUGCUAGUGGUCAUAGCAAAGAUGAGCUUAAAUUACCUUAA